CUUCCUGACAUCGGUGAAAAUCAGUUUCGUUUCUGUUUCUCUUCAAACAAUCAUCAACAAUGAACCGACUUUUCGGAAAAGGCAAGGAUAAAGCCCCACCACCAAAUCUUACCGACUGUGUGGCUAAUAUUGACAGUCGAGGAGAGUCUAUAGACAAAAAGGUAGCCAGACUUGACGCAGAAUUGAAUAAAUAUAGAAAUCAGAUGAAAAAGAUGAGAGAUGGCCCCUCCAAGAAUAUGGUCAAACAGAAAGCUAUGCGAGUGUUGAAACAAAAGAAGAUGUAUGAAAAUCAAAGAGACAAUUUAAUGCAACAAAGUUUCAACAUUGAACAGCAAAACUAUGCUAUACAGUCACUGAAAGAUACAAAAACAACGGUGGAUGCCAUGAAGGUUGGGGUGAAACAGUUUAAGAAAGAAUACAAGCAUGUCAACAUUGACAAGAUUGAGGACUUACAAGAUGAACUUGAGGACCUUACAGAACAAUCCAAUGAGAUACAAGAGAUAAUGGGUCGAAGCUAUGGAAUGCCAGAGGUGGAUGACGACGAGUUAGAGGCAGAGUUAGAUGCCCUUGGAGACGAAAUUGGCCUUGAUGAAGACUCUUCAUAUCUUGACGACGCUGUUUCUGCACCCUCAAUACCCACAGCAGAACCUGGAGCCGAUAGUUCACGGGAUGUGCCUGUUGAUGAGUUUGGAUUACCACAAAUUCCGCAGACUGCAAAAUAAUGUACUGAAAUAUUAUGACUAUGUUUUACAUGUGAAUAUCAUUGUUUCUAUAAGAGCUACACUUAAACAAUGACGAAGUGUAGUUAUGGAUAAGUUUUCUCUCCGAAUGAUGUGAAACCAGUAUGCUGAAGGGGAGACAACCCCUGGAUGACAGACUAACGUUCAUUUUGGAAGGGAAGUAACUCCCUAAAACAGCCUCCUCUUUUUGAUUAAGAUGAAUAUUAAAACCUAUUUCGUUUUAGAACUAGAUUGUAGAAAGAUAUAGAUCAUAGCUUUGUCUGGAAGUUGACUCCAUAAGUUCUUUUAAUCAUAUGUAUAAAUUUUUUAAUGACAGACAUUUUUCUUUAAGAGUGAUAAUUAAAAUUGAAUUAACUAUAUAA